AUCACAGCCUUCACUACAGACAGUGACCGACACUACAGACACCACAACCACAACAUCCACAACAUGUCCGACGAUCUCGUAUUAGAUCCCGACAUCAGGGUCUGGGUCUUCCUCCCCAUCGUAAUCAUCACAUUCUUGACGGGUAUUCUUCGCCAUUACGUCUCAAUCCUCAUCUCUUCGACCAAAAAGAUUGAAUUACAACAAGUGAUGGACAGUCAGGCGAUGAUUAGGUCCCGACUUCUUCGCGAGAACGGCAAAUAUCUGCCAAAACAGGCAUUCCUCGCGCGCAGACACUUCUUCAACGACGAAGAGUUGGGUUAUUUCAAAGUGAGUCAAAAGCGUCAGACAACGGCUCCCAACCCAAUGACGGACCCGUCGAUGAUGACCGACAUGUUGAAGGGGAACGUGACAAACGUGUUGCCAAUGAUUCUGAUCGGCGGUUGGAUUAAUUGGACGUUUUCCGGGUUCGUCACCACAAAAGUGCCGUUUCCUCUGACUCUGCGCUUCAAACCAAUGCUUCAAAGAGGCAUAGAGUUGGCGUCGUUGGACGCGUCGUGGGUGUCGUCCGCCUCGUGGUAUUUCCUCAAUGUGUUUGGACUCAGGAGUAUAUAUGCGCUCGUAUUGGGUGAGAACAACGCGGCCGACCAGACGAGGGUAAUGCAGGACCAGAUGUCCGGCUCCGCUAUGGCUAUGCCUAAUGACCCGAAACAGGCGUUCAAAGCCGAGUGGGAGGCCCUCGAGAUCUGCGACCAUCAGUGGGCCCUCAAGAAUGUCGAGAAUGAGUUGACCGGUGUUUCCGUCAGUCUCUCUGAGACCAGUACUUCAGGCGAAGGACGGAAUGGCAAU